UAAUACUUUCAGAAAUAUGAUUUUAUCUAACAGCCGUAUAAAUAAUUUCUGUAUAUUAUCGGCACAUUCGAUUUAUUGGCUCAACUGUAAAUACUUGCUGUGGAGCGAGUUUGCAUCAUAAAGUUGAAGGCCAGCAGGUUUGAAAGUUGGUUGAAAUCGUUCUUUUCCAUUUGCCUUCCGCUAGUUUGGUUUAAUACUCCAUUAGUAGCGCACAGAAGUAUAAAUGCUUCGAGAAGUAUGAACCGAAUUUUCAGAAAUUUAAAUGGGAGCAGUCCACGUCGGUGUCUCAGUUCCUUAGCAACAAUACUGCGACCACAAUUACAAGCAAUUGAAGAUGCUGGUACUUGGAAACGUGAAAGAAUAAUCAACUCGCCACAAAAUGUGAAAAUUCGGUUAUCUAAUGGCAAAGAAGUUCUAAAUUUUUGUGCAAAUAAUUAUUUGGGAUUAUCGGACAAUUCAGAUAUAAUAGCAGCAGCAAAAUCAGCAUUAGACAAUUUUGGAGCUGGCUUAAGCUCCGUACGGUUUAUUUGCGGAACACAAAAGAUUCAUAUUGAGCUAGAGAAGAAAAUUGCCGCUUUUCAUAGCAGGGAAGAUGCAAUUGUUUAUGCUUCAUGCUUUGAUGCCAAUGCUGGGAUUUUUGAAACCCUAUUAACUCCCGACGAUACAGUGAUCAGCGACGAAUUAAACCAUGCUUCCAUCAUUGAUGGGAUACGUUUGUGCAAGGCAAAAAAGUUAAGGUACAAGCAUAGGAAUAUGGAAGAAUUGGAGGAAAAACUUAAAGAAAGUAUGACUUCUCGAUUGCGUUUAAUAGCAACUGAUGGAGUAUUUUCUAUGGAUGGUACAGUUGCUCCGUUGCCGAAAAUAAUAGAGCUUGCUAAAAAAUAUAAUGCUCUUACUUUUGUGGACGACUGUCACGCCACAGGUUUUUUCGGCAAGACUGGUCGGGGUACCGAAGAAUACUUCGACCGUUUAGGAAAUAUCGACAUUAUUAAUUCUACACUUGGUAAAGCUCUUGGUGGAGCAUCUGGUGGUUACACAACUUCUCAUAAAGAACUGAUUGAAUUACUAAGGCAGCGAAGCAGGCCGUAUUUAUUCUCCAAUUCUUUACCACCGCCUGUAAUUGGCGUAGGGCUAAAGGUGUUAGAUCUAAUAUCGCAAAAUACAGAUUUUUUGGAACGCCUAAAAAGUAACACUAUUCACUUUAGAACCGCAAUGACUUCUGCUGGAUUCACUAUCACUGGUGAUAAUCAUCCAAUAUGCCCUGUUUUACUCGGAGAUGCCAAAUUGGCAUCAACAUUUGCCAAUAAGAUGCUUGAGGAAAACAUUUAUGUGAUUGGCUUCAGUUAUCCAGUAGUUCCAAAGGAGAAAGCGAGAAUUCGUGUACAAAUCAGUGCUGCUCAUUCAGUAGAAAAUAUUGAUCAGGCUAUUGAUGCAUUUAUAAGAAUUGGACGAGAGCUUAAAGUCGUGCAAUAACAAUUCGAAUAACUGUAUAAGAAAUGUUGAGCUAUUGAUAAGAGACCCUGCUUUAUUCAUCAUCCAGAUGAACUUAUAUUAUAAGAUUUUAUAUUUCACAGUGCUGUGCUCAAUGAAACACGAAGAUAACAAUUACAGUUCGUCGAAUAACCAAUAGAACACUGACCAUAAAAUGUUAUAAUUUUAAAUGAUGAACAUUUAAUUUACGGUGUUUACACUAUUAAUAUUUUGGAUGACUUCAGUAUGGAGCAAUAAUAUAAAUCAUAAAACUGC